AUGGCUCACCACCAUGCCCAUCCGCCGUCAACUAUAGUCGGGGUCUGCCUCCCCCUCCCCCUCCCGGCCCCCUCCUCCUCCACCUCGCCGCCGCCCCAGUCCCCGCCGCUCGCCGCCGCCGCGGCGGCGGCGGCGGGCGCGGCCUCGCCGGCCCUGGCGCAGAACACCAUCACGCUGGCCCAGCCGGCCAUCACGAACCCGCGGCGGCUCCCGCCGCCGUGCUGGUCCCACGACGAGACGGUGGCCCUCAUCGACGCGUACCGCGACAAGUGGUACUCCCUCCGCCGCGGGAACCUCAAGGCCAACCACUGGCAGGAGGUCGCCGACGCGGUGUCCUCCUGCUGUCCCUCCGCCUCCCCGGCCAAGACCGCCGUCCAGUGCCGGCACAAGAUGGAGAAGCUCCGCAAGCGCUACCGCACCGAGCUGCAGCGUGCCCGCUCCAUCCCCGUCUCCCGCUUCAUCUCCUCCUGGGUCCACUUCAAGCGCAUGGACUCCAUGGAGAAGGGCCACGCCGCCUUGAACCCCGCCUCCGCCACCGUGGCCAAGGCCGAGAAGCCCGACAGCGACGACGACAACUUCAACGACGAGGACGAGGACGAGGACGACAGCGAGUUCCUCGGCAGCGCCCAGUUCGAUCACAAGUUCAAGAACAACGGCGCCGCCGCGAAUUCGAGAAACAUCCAUGGCUUGUACCACAACGGGAUCGGGACCGAGCCCGCCGGCGGGAGCAAAUCCGGCAGCGGGUUCCGUAUCAAGAUCCCCACCGGAGUGAGCAUAGCUCAGCCCGGAGUGAAUUACCGGAAGUUCGACAAGAAAUUCAACAUGGGUCCUGCCGCGAGCGAUGUGAACCCUAAUUUCAGCCCCAAUUUCGGCCCUAAUUUCGGAGGCGGCAGCGCCAGCGGCGGAUACGGAGCUAGGGUUACGAGGGAAAUGAGCGGGAUGGGGAAGAGGGCGAGGGUGAAGGACCCGUUGGAGGAGAUGGUGGGGGCGAUCAAGGUCUUGGGGGAUGGGUUUGUGAGGAUGGAGCAAAUGAAGAUGGAGAUGGCGCGGGAGAUCGAGAGCAUGCGGAUGGAGAUGGAGAUGAAGCGGACGGAGAUGAUCCUCGAAUCGCAGCAGAGGAUCGUCGAGGCCUUCGCCAAGGCGGUCGCCGAGCGGAAGAAGAAGGCCAAGAGGAUGCCCACACCAGAAGCCUGAAUUCGAAUUGCAAAUCAGCAGGGAAGGAAAAAAAUCUCUAGACUUUUUUGCUGUUGCUUCUGCUGCUUCUGUUGGUUAGUGAUGAUAAAUAGACGAGCGAUGAUGAUGAUGAUGAUGAUGGUGCUCGCUCAUCAAGAGGGUUUUAGUGAGGAUGUGAAGAUGGGUUGUAGAUCAGGGUUAAGGGGAAAUUGAAGUUGGGCAAAGCUUGAGCAAGAGCAAAGCUUUGGUUUUUAUGUAGGAUGUGAUUGUUUAGAAGAGAGCUAAGAUAGAUCUACUUUGCAGUGGGAAUUUUUUUUAGUUCUUCUCCUUUUUGUUCGAUGUCUUUAGUGAUAGAGGGACGUGGAAUAUGCAUAAGGGUAAUACCUUUGUUGGAUAAUUUAUGCUUAUCUCGACACACUGCA